UCCAUGCUCGAUAACGCGUGCAGUCGCGUAGUAUCCUUCGCAUUGAAUAUGGGGCAAUAUAAGUACAUCGCAUCGACAAUAUGCCAUCGUCUGGACAAAAGGAUUUGGAGAUACAUAUGCAUCCUCGUAUUGUACUUCAUUCUCGCAGACGGCUUGCUCGAUGGGCCCGAGCCCAUAGUCGAGACGAAAUGGGGCAUCCUUCAAGGUAAAUGGAGCAGAAGCAUACGCGAUCAACGGAUCGCGAAUUUUCUCGGUAUACCGUACGCGUUACCACCAGUGGGCGAUUUGAGAUUCAGGAGCCCACAACGAUGGAAUUACACAUGGACGACAAUUCGUAAUGCUACAGUUGAUGGAAACAUGUGUAGUCAAAUAAGCGGUUCCAAAAUUUCUGGUAGCGAGGACUGUCUUUAUCUAAAUAUCUUCAUUCCUUAUAUUCCAGGCAUUCAACGAAUGAAAUUGCCCGUUUUAGUCUUUGUGCAUUCAGGUGCAUAUUAUGAGGGCAGCAGCAACAGUAAAGAACUUUCACCGGAUUAUUUAAUGGAUCAGGAUAUAAUUCUUGUAACGGUAAAUUAUCGACUUAAUAUUUUUGGCUUUUUUAGUACAAUGAACCAAGUUUCACCGGGCAAUUAUGGUCUCAAGGAUAUGAAGAUGGCCCUCGAAUGGAUACAGGAAAAUAUUCACAGUUUCAACGGAAAUCCCGAAUCAGUAACUCUUAUGGGAGCUAGUGCCGGUGCUGCGUUGACUCAUCUACUCGCUCUCUCGAACAAGACGGAAGGACUCUUUCAUAGAUACAUUUUAUUGAGUGGUUCCGCUUUGAGUCCAUGGGCUUAUAAUUACAAAAAGUAUCGACAAAUAUGUUUGAAAUUAGUAAAGCUGGUUGGCUGCCAAUCGAAAAAAGAUGACAGUAUAAUUGCAAUAAACGAGUCAGACAUCGAUAAUUCCGAUGUGGAAAAUGAGAAAAAAAGAAGUAAUAAUAUCAGUGUUUCGUACAAAGAUUAUAAUGAAGGAUACAUAAAGGACGACGAAGAGAUAGUCAAAUGCAUGAGAACAGUCGAUGCGAGGCAAUUGCUGAAAAUGUUAAAGCAUUUUUAUGGUGGGAGAGCAAAUCGAAAAUGUGUCUUUUCUCCUACGUUGGAAGAUAAUUCAGAGGACGCCAUUCUGACGAUGCAUCCGUGGAAAAUAAUAAAGGACGGUUUGUUCCGCGAUAUACCGGCAAUAAUGCAAGUCGUGAAAGGCGAAGGGUUGACGAAGACGUUCGAAUUCUUCACAGAUCCGACCUUGGAAAAAGAAAUGAUAGAGAAUUUCGAAGGAUACAUAUUUGAUUUUUUAGAAACUUUCAAAUGGAAUUUCAACGCUGACGCUUUUAUCCCCGGGAUACAGGAUUUUUAUUUCAAUGGAAAUAUAUCGUUGGGUCUUAAAGGCAACAUAACAGAGAUGCUGAGUGACGGCACAGUAAUAUGGCCGAUAUUAAAAGCUGCGCGAUAUCAAUCAGAAAUAGGAAACUCCAGUGUUUAUUUCUCUUUUUUCGCGUACGAAGGCACAUUCUCGCAUACUUUCAUUUACGCAGGCUCCCUGGCUUAUUAUGGUGUCUGUCAUAACGAUGACAUGAACUACUUAUUCCCUGUAUUGAAUAAUAUGUGUCGAAAUCUGAUGUUAAAUAAUACGGAGAGCGAUUUUAUGAUUAUCAAAAUCAUGACAGAGAUGUGGGCGAAUUUCAUGAAAGACGGGGUACCGAAAGCGUGGAUGAUCCCUGCGUGGCCCAAUUACCGCGACUAUCAUCAGUUUAUGAGAUUCGGGAAUGGUAAGUCGACGGAUAUUGUGGUACAAACCGAUUUCCUGUGCGACAGAAUGGAGUUCUGGGAGAAGUUACAGAUCAACGGAUGGAUGAAAUACACGAAUGGAUGGAUGAAUGACACUAUCAUCGACGAUUCUCCGGAUGAUACGUCUCCCGUUAACGAUGACCCCAUCGAGUACAAGUUAACAAUUUAUCUUGUGUUAUUAAUUAUUACUUUACUUUGCGUAUUAAAAUAUUAUUAAAUAUUAUUACAAUUAUUUCAUUUGCGAUCGAAGAUGAACUGCGUGAUAAAAACGCGACAAAAUUACUAACAAUCGUUUAUACAUAUCUCGUCACGAUUCAUAGACGAUAUUUUUUCGCAUAUAAAAACAGAGAGAAAAAUGCGCGAA